AUGCAAAUUUCUGCAAUCGAAGAUCACUUGGUUGAAGCAUAUUGGAAAUCAUAUAACCAGAUCCUAUACCAUUUGAUGGAAAAUACAGAGCAAAGGCAAGCAGAGAAUAUCAACUGGGAUGAAGCAUUUCAUCUCUAUGCUAAUGUGAUUGCACACGAGAAUGAUGCUCUGCAGGUUAAGGCAACAAUCAAGCUAGCAAGGAUGUCCAACCGUGCCCCUGAAAAUAUUUUGUCAAUCACUGUGCCAAUCCUAGUGGAACUUCUUGAAAGCCCAUCUCGCAAUCCGAGUCCACCAGUUCAGGAAGCCUCUGCUUACUGCUUGAAAUGCAUUGCUUGUAUAGGAGAAGGCAAACUAGCCAUUCUUAUUGGGCAAUCAGGUGUCAUUCCUAUCCUUCUGCGAUUAUUACUAAAUUCUGAUGGGAGCUUUCGGAAAGGUUUAUUAAAAUGCCUCCGAAAUGUUGUUACAUUUGGGGAACCAAAUCGCUUGAUUGUAGCUAGUAAUGGUGGAACUGAGAUUGUUCUUAAUAUGCUGGAUUCCUGCUCAGAUGAUUCAAUGUUAAUUUUGUCAGAAAUCUUGAGUGCAUUAGCUCUAAAAAGAGAGGUUAGAAAGCUCAUUCUCAGUUCAGGUGGUGUCUGGUUUCUUGUUGAAUCUGCUAGGCUUGGCAGCUUGAUUUCUAGAAGUCGAGCUGCUCAAGCAAUUGGCUUACUUGGAUUAAUUAAACGAGCAAGACGAGAACUUGUCAAUGCUGGUGCAAUACCAGUGCUUAUGGAAUUAAUAAACGACGGGGAUAUGUCAAUGAAAUUAGUGGCUGCUAAUGCACUUGGUGUGAUCUUAACUGAUGCUGAUAACAUUUGGCCAAUUGCUGAAUCAGGAGUCGUUCCUCUGUACACCGAGCUACUCGAGGGGUCAGAUCCCAUUGGUAGGGAGAUUGCUGGGGAUGUAUUGUAUACAUUAGCUACUGUUGAAGAAAAUGCGUUUCCAAUUGUGAAACACUUAGCUGGUAUCCUUACCGGAGAUAACGAUGAAGCAAAAUCUUUAGCAGGUGAUAUUUUGCGCCAUCUCUUGGAUUGUCACAAGCACUUCCUACCCUUCCUAUUUAGGAGCCCUUUCUGGCAGGCAAUUGUUAUAAGAUAG